CCUCCUCUCUCCUUGACAUCUUGCACGUUGUCUGGACGCCACAGUCCAAGCUCAACAUUCCAAAAUGGCGUUAGCGCCCCUAGUGGCUAUUGGCAAAAAUUCAACGGAGCUUCGCCUCUUGGUAUCCAUGCUCUUUGGUUUACUGCAGCUUUCCAUUAUUGCCGACAGGAGCCUAUGAAAGCAGGCCUGUGAUUUGAAUCUCCGCCCCAAAGUACAAGCGGCUGUUGAGCGGGUACUAAGUGAAGCUUAUGCAUGUGUGUGCAGCGGGACAGGCCGGGACACGACCGAGCGGGACAGAGAGAGGAAGAGAAGGAGGCGUAGGCUAAGAGAGAGAAAGACGACAGGAAAACCCUGGAAAGAAGAAUUUCUCGGUGAAGCCUAUGUUAAAAAGCCGUGUAUUUGGAGUGUCCAGUGAGGAAGCUGCGGGACCAGAGGAGCUGAUGUUGUCAUUGAGAAUGACCUCUCCACAUCCACUUCUCUGUCAUCCCUUGGUGUCUGUAUCUAAUGGAGCGUCACACAUAGAGGAAGAUGAGGAUGAGGAUGAAGGUGAGCAGGGGGAGAAGUUUGAGUUUGAUGACGGGGAUGACAUUGGACCUACAGAGAUGAGCUCUGACUCUUUGAUGAAGAGUGACUGGACCACAGAGACAGCAGUGUCAAAUCUUUACGCCAAGACAAACACAGCCCAAGAGACAGUACGACAGGGCAUGAAUGGACCAUUCAGCACAGGGCAAAAGAGCCCAAAUGUCUCACUGUGCCAAAGCCACUGCUCAGGGAUGGAGAUCAGGGAGUCACCAGAGGGACGUUCCACCUCCUCUGAUCUGGGAGUGACUGGAGAGUCAGAGAGUUUCUGGAAAGCGAGCAGUAUUUAUGAAGUUAUCCACACUGAUCCACACCGCUCCACUUCCGCCAGUGUGCCACCAGAAAAAAUGUCAUCCAAAGGCAAGCCUUCUCUGAUAGGAGAGGAUGAUCAAGACAUGUCCAGCAGUGCAGUAAAUGGCUGCAGCCCACAGCAGGACACUGUGGAGGCUGAGGUGUCCUCAUCAGUCAGUCCACAGACCAAUAGUACGGGGAGCUGCAGCCCAGCCAGUGUGGUCAGAGACACAGAGGUCAUCUAUGAUGAUGUGCCUGCUGAGAGCAUCCAGCACCCAGUGGAAGAUGUUGAUGACAUCUAUGAGGACAUCCAGAGACCUGAUAACCGUGGCUCCAACGGCUGGAGCUCCAGUGAGUUUGAGAGUUAUGAUGAGCUGUCUGACAGUGACACUGUUCCCCCAGCCGACAGCAGUAGCAAGUAACAUUAUCAGGCUGGGGGAGAGAGGGAGAUGUCUGGACAAGGCUCCGUCCAGCAUGGACCAAAACACAGCACGGACGGUUCAGAAGCAAUUCCCUGUGAGGCAAAUUCUGAUUUGUGAUAUUGGGCUUUAUAAAUAAAAUUGAUUGAUUGAAUUGAACGAGUUAAAAGCAAUUACACAGACAAAGUGGUGUUUAAAACUGCAUAUAUUGCUAGCACAUCUAUUUUCUGGCCUAAAGUGCGGCCUGAAUCUUUAAGUGGUACGCAGUAGGCUACCGGACUGUACUGGCUUACUUUCACCCCUAAAUAUAGCUCAGGUGUCUGGCAGGAAACCCCUAGUCCGCAAAAAUAGUCAGAGUGAUGGUUUCUUUGGCUCACAUUUUCCAUUUGAGUUGAAUUUUGUGUGUGAUUGGUCACUUAAAGUAAUUUACAUCAUAUGAAUGAAUGAAUAAUUUUUGUUUCAGUUACAUACAUCUGGAGAAACAAAGAUUAUUUCUCACAAAUUUUCUCAAAGUCAAUAACUGAAAAAGGAAUAGGCUGAAGCCUCAGGCUUAUUUUUGCAUGUCAACCAAAGAAUAACCCAGAAUAUCAACAAUACCAAAGUAAGGAAAUAAAUUAAUGAUUAAUACAUUACACCUUUAAUUAUACAGACAGGAAGGCUUUUGUUCACAACUCAAAAAUUAUUUGCAGUGAUUUAAAAUAAACAAUAUUGAGAAACUUUACGGUGUAGGAUGCUAUAAACAGCUGAUUUGUAGAUUAGAGAUAAUCAACUUUAUGUAUUAUUCUAAGGGCUCUUUUCUGAAGUAAAAAUCUAAAAUACAAAUACAAAUAACUAAAUCCAAAAAAUAGACUCUCAGUCCGUUAACAAAAAUCAAACAACCAAAAACGAAUAAAAUGGACUCUCAGUCUCUUAUCAAAAAUUGCCCUCCGCCUCGUCUCCCCCUCACGAAGAUAGCACUGUGUGUGUGUGUGUGUGUGUAGCCCAUAGCCCCACCUCCCCAACAGAGACACAGACACUCAAUGACAAGAGCUUUCCCUCUGUUCAUUACGCUAAUGAACCAACUCACCUGGCUGCCAGACGAUGCAUGGCAGUGAACGCUCUUGUCGUCCAGUCUCUUUGGUGGAGAGAGACGAGGAAAACAAACACGCAUGAAUAUGGCAAUUAAUCGCGGCCGGAAGAGUUACCGUCUCCCUUUAAAUUUACCGUGCAAUUAACCGACUUAUUGCAUAUUGCGACAGACCCAGAGAGAGAGAGAGAGAGAGAGAAAAUGGCAGAUGUGGCCUCCUGGUGGGUCACGAUUGUAGAAAAUUCCAUUUAGCAAAUCCAUCAGUUCAGUGGAGAUGAGGAAACCUAUUAAGUGAAUGCAGGUGAUAGUGAAUCAAUUAUCUAUUUCUCAUCAUUUGGGAGUCAACUGUAAUCUCUAUCCCUUAUUAUAUCAAAAUAAGGAAAAUCCCCUUAAAUGUAUGGAAUGUGCUAUAGGAUGAGGAACAGACAGACCACAAUGGUGUGUGUCCCAUUUUAAUUUGGUUGCUUUGUGUCAUGGUUAAUUCAUAGAUAUAAAAGAUAACCAUAUGUUAAUGUAAUCAUCUCAAGCCCUAUGCAUGAUGUAUGGUGAUGCUAGAAAUAAUCAAAAUGAACAGAAAAUACACCCUUUUUUCCUCUCUGCAAACAGUUGCCUUACUUAGCCUCUCAGCAUCACCAACACUAUACAGGAAUGUACCGCUAGCAAUGAACCUCAGUGCAAUACAGACUGACUACACAGUGGUCAGAGACUGGCUGCAGCAUGUGACCUUUAUAAUGUGUGGUUCCAGCAAACUGCAUAGAUACACUAUGCUCUGCCUGCUGAACCAGUAUCUCUCCCACAGACAGGAGUCCAUCUGUAUCAAUGGGUUGGUCCUGUCCUGGAAGACCCUUGGGGCUGGUGGUGGUUGGAAGGCCCACUGAACAAUGUGGGCCUCCUCAUCAACAGGAUCCUCAAUGAAGGGGCAUGCCAU